AUGGUCGGCGUCGCUUCGCCUUCGGAUUCGUCAGGCGAUGAUGCAUCCGAACAUGCAGCCGGCUCUAUAGCGUCUGUCACUACGAACCGAAGCUCGAUCCAGACCCAGCUGAGGCCCUCGGUUCUCGACAGCCCCGCAAACCUCCAGCUCAGAGCCUCGCCGCUCCCAGUCACACUACACCACUCGUCGUCGCUCUCGCCGCCGCCCCGUUCUGUCUCCCACGACUCCGUCUCGCUCGUAUUUCCCGACGCACCCGCCGCCGAGCUCCCCCCGAUCCAACUUCAGCACGACAAGACGGCGCUGGGCUCGCACCAGACCACCCUGCCGUCACUCUCGUCCGUCACCGGCGGCCAGUCCCAGCGCUUCCCGCCCUUGCAACCGUCGCCGGAGCCAUUGCACGCCGCUCCCGCCGCUCCCCUUCAACCCGUCCGGCACUGGCCAAGUUUGAAUCCCUUCACCGCCUAUUACUCGCCGAGCUAUGCUCAGCCCGCCGAAACUCCCCAACGCAUGGACCCCGAACACUAUGCGACGCCGCCCGGCCGAAACUAUGAUCGGCGAGCGGGCAGCGUGAGUCUGGAUGACCCCGACGUCCGCCUAGCCGCCGAGGCGCUUGGUGAACUGAGAGCAGACUUUACCUCGACGACGCCCAACCGCAACAACUCUCAGGCCCCAACUCCCACCCCUUCCAUGUUCAAUGUGGCCUCUCCGCCGCCUCAAGACAUGGCCCACGAACAAGCUCCCCCGGAGCCUCUCUUGUAUCUGAUCACUACUUCCCAGAACAUCCUGACGAGCGCCACCACUGCAUACAACCGCGGCAAGAACAUUGACCCGAGAGUCAAGUUGGGAGCCGAGACUUUGGAGGGUUAUCUUGGACCUGUCGCCAAGGCAGUAAGCACCGUCGGGCGGAAGACAGGUGUCGACAGCAGUGUCAGGUGGAUCCUCGGUGGCGGGAGGAGACGCCCCAGGAGGCCGUGCCCGUCAGAUACGGAAUCCGGCGAUGUUGGAAAGAAAAAGCGCCGCAAGGCCGAGUUGGGCGAGAAGGAAAUUGAGGAUCUCAAUAGACUCUCGGUUUCGGAUCUCUCGUACUCUCCGUACAGCAAGGAGCGACGGCUGUCGGAAAGCACCAUUGAUACUCUUCCUGCAUACGAUGACUACCGAUCCCCGGCUUACACCGAGAUGGCUGAGCGAGACGGCCAGGGUGGCAACGACUCGCCAUGGCCCCGAAAGAUAAUGAUAUCUGCUUCAGGUCUUGGAGUUGCCAUGAAGACGGAGAGCUUGCGCAGCUUGAAAUUCUGUCUCGAUAGGUUACGCAACGCCAAUAGAUACGUUGCAAUUUCUCUGGCCGAGCUUCAGAAAACAAUGGAUCAGUACGACGCAGCGGCUAGAGGCACAGAGCAUGGCCAGAACGCGGGGGCGGGUGCCUCGCAGCCGAUACAAGGUGGGAAUCGCCACGAGCUGGUGGAGCGCAUGGACGCCCUGAGGAUCACAAUCUCGCAGGCGAUCCAUCAAAUUGUGAACCUGAUUUCAAACUACACCAGCGACUCUCUGCCGGCCAACGCAAGGGACCUUGUCCGCGAGCAUCUUGUGACGCUCCCUGCCCGCUUCGCCGUUGCCAUGGGCCAGACUCCCAGCAGGCAGGUCCAGAGUGACAACGACCCCGCAUCACUAUCGCGAGAAGCUGCCAACAAAGCGCUGGUUCUUGCGAGGGAGGGACUCGGCAUGAUGACCCAGAUCAGCGACAUCCUCAACCGGACGAUUGACAGCGCCGAGUCGUGGUGCAAUACGCUGUACAAGCAAAACAAUAGCCCGGUGGACUCGUCAAUGAGCGACGCCAACCGACAGAUGCCCUUGCCGCACACCCUAGCAGCCGCUGCCGCCGCCGAAGAUGUCCAUAUGGUGGGCUAG